CAACAGGAAAUUGUAACACUUUGGUAAAGUGGCUCCAAUGCUCCAAUGUCAUAAAUCCUCCUCCCACGCAGGGUAUGGCCACCUCGUGUUUCAGCAAUGUGGACGAGUAUGGAUUUGAAAGGCCACAGGAUUUUGAUUAUGGAACUUACGAGGAAUUCAUGUCCGAGUACUUGAAGGUGUUGGCCAAGAGAGCGAAAAAAUGGGCUGACAUUGUCGGUGAUGGUAAAUCUGUUGAACGCAGUAUUACUAUCAAACGUUAUGUGCGUAAAGGCAUUCCAGGAGAGUACAGAGGAAUGGUGUGGCUGGCAGUGAGUGGAGGCGAAGACUUGAAAAACGCGAACCCGGAUCUUUACCAGAGAUUACUGAAUGGUCCUCACAAUGUCCAGGUUACUGAGAUUAUCAAGACUGAUCUCCCGAGGACGUUUCCUGAUAAUAUAUUUUUUAAUAAUACUGUUAAUCAUCAGCACCAGCUGUACAAUAUACUACUAGCAUUUGCACACCAGAAUGAAACUGUUGGUUACUGUCAAGGGCUUAAUUAUAUCGCGGGUUUAUUGUUACUAGUUACUAAGAGCGAGGAAACGGCAUUUUGGUUAUUGAAAGUAUUAAUUGAAAAAAUACUGCCUGAUUAUUAUACUCCGACUAUGGACGGGCUGCUUACGGACAUUGAUGUACUGGCAGAGUUUGUUAAAUUGAAGAUACCUGAGGUUUAUGAGCAUGUUACUAAUUUAGGGUUACCCUGGGCUGUUAUUACCACUAAGUGGUUUAUAUGUCUUUUCGCGGAAGUCCUACCGAUAGAGACAACACUGAGAAUAUGGGACUGCCUUUUUUAUGAAGGUAAUAAAAUAAUAUUCCGCGUUGCAUUGACACUUAUUAAGAGAAAUAAAAAUAAUCUAUUGGCUUGUGAUGAUUUUGCGUUAUUGGCCGAUUGUUUUAAAAAUAUAACUAAAGAUAGUAUAGUUUUACAAUGUCACAAUUUUAUGCAGAGUAUUUUCAAAGUACCUGGAUCAUUACCUAGCAAUACAAUAGCAAAAUUGCGUACAAAAGUAUCUCAGGAACGAGCAAUGAACAAGAAAAGUUCAAAACGAUAGCAUUUACAAUGAUACAAAAUAUACAAUACUAAAAAAAAAUUCAGUAAGAAUUUUAUCAGGCUCUAGUCAAAACAAAUGUUUUAAUUUUAAAUCGUGCAAUUUUAAAAAAAGGUUUUUUUUUUAAUUACAUAUACGUAUUUACAAACAAAUCAACAAUAUUUUGGUAACUCAAUUUAAAUGUUUGAAUUAAUUGUUGACUUUUUAGACAGUUGUAUAAAUAAUUCAGUGUUCUAUAGCUUUAAAAAUUGUUAUUUUAAUAUUUUACUCUCUAUUAAUUGUGUAAAUCGCUGGAUCGAUAAUUUUAACUCGUACUAAUUAAGUGUAAUCAUGAUUUUAUUAAGAUCUAUAAUUAAUUUUUUUUUUAAUCAAGUAUGUACAUUAUUUAGUUGCCUAAUAAAUUUUUAAAAAUAAACAGUAUCUCUAUUUUUCCAUCAAAUCUUUAGCUUCGUUUACUUUGGCUGCUAUGUAAGGAGAUCCACCACGAUCUGGAUGAUUAGCAGACAUGACUUUCUUGAAACGUUCCUUGACUUUGGCUUUAUUUGCUGUCGGUGAAACUCCUAGUAUCAAACUCGCUUCUCUUUUGGUCAUCGUCGCUUCAAAU